AUGUUGAAAACACUGACUCGUUCUGUUCAGCCAUCUAUCUCAUUUUAUCUAUCUAACUCUUUUCACUAUCUCACUAUCUAUCUGUCUAUCUACGUCUUUUCACUAUGUCUUUCCCUAUCUAUGUAUCUAUCUAUCUAUGUCUUUCCACAAAAUAUCUAUGUCUUUCACUAUCUAUGUAUCUAUCUGUCUAUGUCUUUUCACUAUCUGUCUUUUCCAUAUCUAUAUCUUUUCACAAUUUUUCUAUGUCUUUUCACCAUCUAUCUAUCUAUGUCUUUUCAUUAUCUAUCUAUCUAUCUAUCUAUGUCUUUUCAUUAUCUAUCUAUCUAUGUCUUUUCAUUAUCUAUCUAUCUAUCUAUCUAUGUCUUUUCAUUAUCUAUCUAUCUAUGUCUUUUCAUUAUCUAUCUAUCUAUCUAUCUAUCUAUGUCUUUUCAUUAUCUAUCUAUCUAUCUAUCUAUCUAUCUAUGUCUUUUCAUUAUCUAUCUAUCUAUCUAUCUAUGUCUUUUCAUUAUCUAUCUAUCUAUCUAUCUAUGUCUUUUCAUUAUCUAUCUAUCUAUCUAUGUCUUUUCAUUAUCUAUCUAUCUAUCUAUGUCUUUUCAUUAUCUAUCUAUCUAUCUAUCUAUGUCUUUUCAUUAUCUAUCUAUCUAUCUAUGUCUUUUUAUUAUCUAUCUAUCUAUCUAUCUAUGUCUUUUCAUUAUCUAUCUAUCUAUCUAUGUCUUUUCAUUAUCUAUCUAUCUAUCUAUCUAUCUAUGUCUUUUCAUUAUCUAUCUAUCUAUCUAUCUAUGUCUUUUCAUUAUCUAUCUAUCUAUGUCUUUUCAUUAUCUAUCUAUCUAUCUAUCUAUGUCUUUUCAUUAUCUAUCUAUCUAUCUAUGUCUUUUCAUUAUCUAUCUAUCUAUCUAUGUCUUUUCAUUAUCUAUCUAUCUAUCUAUCUAUGUCUUUUCAUUAUCUAUCUGUCUUUUCACCUAUCUAUUUUUCCACUAUCUAUCUACCUAUCUCUUUUCACUAUCUUUAUCUAUUUUCACUAUCUUUAUCUAUUUUCACUAUCUAUAUCUAUUGUCACUAUCUAUCUUCAUUAUCUAUCUAUCUAUCUAUCUAUCUAUUGCGUUUGUUUGUAUGUGUGCCCGUGUAUUAUAUAUUUUUUACAGAUAA